UUCUUGAGUUUGAACAUGUUUAUCUUGAAAACCUGCCAUCUGCCUCGAUGUAUGAACGCAGCUACAUGCACAGAGAUGUCAUUACACAUGUAGCAUGCACUAAGACAGAUUUCAUUAUAACAGCCAGUCACGAUGGACAUGUGAAGUUCUGGAAAAAAAUAGAAGAAGGGAUUGAGUUUGUUAAACACUUCCGAAGUCACCUGGGUGUUAUUGAGAGUAUUGCUGUUAGUUCAGAGGGAGCUUUAUUCUGUUCAGUUGGAGAUGACAAAGCAAUGAAGGUGUUUGAUGUAGUCAACUUUGACAUGAUCAACAUGCUGAAACUUGGGUACCACCCUGGUCAGUGUGAGUGGGUGUAUUGCCCCGGCGAUGCCAUAUCUUCUGUUGCAACAUCUGAGAAGAGUACAGGGAAAAUAUUCAUCUAUGAUGGACGAGGAAAUAACCAGCCACUCCAUGUUUUUGAUAAACUCCACACAUCCUCCCUCACCCAGAUAAAGCUGAACCCUGUCUUCAAAGUGGUGGUGUCCUCUGACAAGUCGGGAAUGAUGGAGUACUGGACUGGUACUCCUCACGAAUAUAAAUUUCCCAAGAAUGUGAACUGGGAGUAUAAGACAGAUACUGAUCUCUAUGAAUUUGCUAAAUGCAAGGCUUACCCAUCCAGCAUAAGCUUUUCACCUGAUGGCAAGAAAAUGGCCACUCUUGGCUCUGACAGAAAAGUCAGGAUUUUCCGGUUCUUGACGGGGAAGCUCAUGAGAGUCUUUGAUGAAUCUCUGAGUAUGUUUACUGAACUUCAGCAGAUGAGGCAGCAACUGCCAGACAUGGAGUUUGGCCGACGCAUGGCAGUGGAGCGUGAGCUGGAGAAAGUGGAUGCAGUAAGAUUAAUCAAUAUCAUUUUUGAUGAAACUGGACACUUCGUUCUCUAUGGAACAAUGUUGGGCAUUAAGGUCAUAAAUGUAGAGACUAACAGGUGUAGUCGUAUCUUGGGAAAACAGGAGAACAUCAGAAUGAUGCAGCUGGCUUUGUUCCAAGGAGUGGCAAAGAAACACCGUGCUGCCAUCACUAUAGAGAUGAAAGCAUCUGAAAAUCCUGUUCUCCAGAAUAUCCAGGCGGAUCCCACAGUAAUCUGCACGGCUUUUAAAAAAAACAGGUUUUACAUGUUUACUAAACGUGAACCAGAGGAUACCAAGAGUGCAGAUUCUGACAGAGAUGUGUUCAAUGAGAAACCUUCUAAAGAAAAACCUUCAAAAGAAGAGGUCAUGCCAGCCACUCAGGCAGAAGGCCCCAAAAGAGUCUCAGACAGUGCCAUCAUCCAUACAAGCAUGGGAGAUAUUCACAUCAAGCUUUUUCCUGUCGA